AUGAUAUGUGCCGAAGAUUGUUUUUUUCAUCAAAUUCACAUGGCAGAUGAAGAUAUUAGUUUGGAUUUCCUUAAUAAGCAAGCAAGCACUAUUAUUCAAAACUACUCAAAACGUGAUGUACGUAAUCUUCGACGACGUGCUCGAAGAGCUGAAGUACGAACUAAUCAACUGAGUUUUUCAUUCGAAAUUAAGCUUCAAGCUGAGGACGAAUCCUCAAGCAAUAAUGAAACAGAUAAUGAAGAUCAACAAUCUUACAAUGAAUUGGUUGAAUUUAACAAAAUGACAGAAUUUGAUUUACUACCUUUUGAACAUGAUCAGCAUGAAGAAGAAGUUGAUGAACCGUUAUAUGAAUCAGCUCCAGUCAAAGCCAAAGAUUGUCAAUAUCAAUAA